ACCGUCAAACAGGCCAUGGUGAAGGCCACUCUCAUGGGCGCCGUGCUGGGCCUUGGUGCCCUGCUCGGCGGCGCGGCGUGGAAGGCCGCGACCACCGCCUCGCGGGUGUGCGAGGCGGUGCAGGCGUGGGAGGACAAGGGCCUCCACGCCACCAACGUGUGGCGGGCGCGGGAGAUGCUGGCCCGCCAAGGGUGGCUCGGCCCCCUGCGCCCCAGUCCCCCUCUGGACCCCCUGGAGGCUUGUGGGCUGGUGCCGGGCGAGGCGUCGGCCUGCUGGUGGCGGCUGCUGCUGCAGCCCCGCCAGGCAGGGCGGCUCCUUGCCUGCCUGGAGGAGCGGGUGGUCGAGGCCGAGGCCGACCACGAGGCUUUCGGGGCCCGCCUGUGCUGGGGCGUCAUCCUGGCGCUGGUGGUGUCUCUGGGCCUAGUGGCCGCGCGUCGCCUCGUCCGCCGCUGGGUGAAGGGGAUUAAUGGGCAUCAUGAAAGCCCAAGCGACGACUGUUUUGUGGAUGCCCCUGAAGUCGAUGCCGGCGAGGCACUGGUGGAAGAUUGGGCAACCCCGGCAGCCGAUAGUGAUGUAAUAGAGGAAACUUGGACAACAGCGACAGCAGUUGUUGAAGAGAUCGAUGAAGAGGAAUGCUGGGCAACGCCAGCACAGUAUGUGGAGGAGUUGAUGGUGAAGGAGGAGGACAGCAAGGCAACGGAUGAUGAUUCUGUAGGCGCAGAGUCUACACCUACAGACUUACCCCCUGCUGCUGACGACUGUGUGGAGUGUGUGGAGGAGCAAGAUCCUGAGGAAAUGAACGUGUUGGCCACCGCAGAGAAUGUGGAGUGUGAGGAAGUGAAGGAAGAAGGCGGUGGCGAAGAGAACACGGAGCUGGAAAGAACAGAUGAUGAUGCGGAUAACAACGCCGCCGAUAAAACAGAGGAAGCGGCCGACGAGCCGCAAGUUCCUGGCGAGUUUGUGCAGGACAAAGUGGUGAGCGAGGACCCCGAGGGUCUCGCGGGGGAAGAGCCGCAGAAUAGCUUGCUGGUGGCAGAGGCGUUGCCCUUCGAGGGGAAGACAGUCACGAAAAAGAAAAGGAAAAGGAGGCGCAAGAAGCUGGACCCUGCCGUAGAUGUGCUGAAGGCAUCUGGUGACGCACAUGUCAAAGACGAACACAAGACGGAUGCCAAGACUGACGUCAAGAAGAAGGCGCAAAAGGCUGAGACAAAAGGAAAGGCUGUGCCAAAGGCUGAGGUCAAGGGAAAGGCGGUGCCAAAGGCUGAGGUCAAGGGAAAGGCGGUGCCAAAGGCUGAGGUCAAGGGAAAGACGGUGGCAAAGGCUGAGACAAAAGGAAAGGCUGUGCCAAAGGCUGAGGUCAAGGGAAAGACGGUGGCAAAGGCUGAGGUCAAGGGAAAGACGGUGGCAAAGGCUGAGGUCAAGGGAAAGACAGCGCCAGAGGCUGAGACCAAAGGAAAGGCGAUGACUCCUGCUGAUGAGGGAAAGGCCAAAUCCGUGGUGAAGAAUGUUACGGAGAAAGUCACCAGGAGGAAAAAGAAGCCCGCCCCGGCCCAGCCCAAGGCAGCCCCGCCCAGCCCGCCCCUCCACAGCGUGCGGCAGUCCUGGCAGGAGGACGUGGUGACGGUGCGGCUGCCGGUGCCGCCGGCCAGACGCAGGCACGUCAUCGGCCCGCGCGGGGACACGGUCCGGCAGCUGCGGCGGGACUACCCCGGCGUGCACGUGGCGGUGCCGCUGCCGAAGGACGCCGACGCCCACGUGACCUUCAGGGGCCUCAAGAGCCAGGCGGCCGCCGCGUCACAGGAAGUCGCCGCGCGCCUCCAGGCCAUCGAGGCUCAGAUACGCGAGGCUGCACGGCUCCGCCAGCAGGCCGUGGCCACGGCGGUGCUGGACGUGGCGCCCAACAAGCGGCGCCUCGUGGUGGGCCCCGGGGGCGAGGAGCUCCUGAAGCUGCAGCAGCAGCACCCCGGCGUGAGGGUGUCCGUGCCGCCCGCCAUCGACACGGAGUCCCGCAGCGUCACCAUCACGGGGCCGCCCGCCGAGGUGCGCGCCGUCCAGGCCAAUAUCAAGAACCGCCUGGCAGCGAUCGAGCACCAGCGGCAGCUCCUGAGGGCCCGCAGGCGGCGGCGACAUCAAGGAACGGCUUCGGCGUCAGGGGCUUCCCCGGCCAAGAGUUGCUAAGGUGUUGACGCCAGUGUCGCAUGUAGCAACUGCGUCAGUGCCCACACAGUGUUGUGGCAACAAGAGGGGAAUGUUUCGGGGUUUUCACAGGGAUUACUUACUUAACUGUUUCUUACUUAAUAUCUGAUCAUU